AUGGCGUUGAUGCGGCUGAUACAGAGCACGAGAUCUGUUCUACGGACAUCACCACCGUCUUCGGCCCUAACUCUCCCUAGAUUCUAUUCCAAACCCGCUCCUUAUCCCGUUAAGGUUGGGAUUCCUGAGUUCUUGAGUGGGAUAGGGGGAGGAGUUGAGACCCACAUUGCCAAAAUUGAAACUGAGAUAGGGGAUCUUCCCAAACUGCUUGUGACUCGUACGCUCAGACUCAAGAAGGUCGGCAUCCCUUGCAAACAUAGGAAACUCAUACUGAAAUAUAGCCACAAAUACAGGCUAGGGCUAUGGAAACCUAGAGCUGAUGCUAUCAAGGCGUGA